AGCUCCUGGAUGAGGAAACUCCCUCUACUAAUGCAGCUUGCUGAGCUGAAACAGGAAUGUCUUGCAAGAGGUUUGGAGACCAAAGGAAUUAAACAAGAUCUCAUCAAUAGACUCCAAGCUUAUCUUGAAGAACAUGCUGAAGAGGAGGCUAAUGAAGAGGAUGUUCUGGGAGAUGAAACAGAGGAAGAAGAACCAAAGCCAGUAGAAAUGCCUGUCAAAGAGGAAGAACCUCCUGAGAAAACUACUGAUGUGGCAGCAGAGAAGAAGGUAGUGAAAAUCACAUCUGAAAUACCACAGACCGAGAGGAUGCAGAAACGAGCUGAGCGAUUCAAUGUACCUGUGAGCUUAGAAAGCAAGAAAGCUGCCCGUGCAGCUCGAUUUGGCAUUUCUUCAGUUCCAGCAAAAGGUCUAUCAUCAGACACCAAACCUAUGGUAAACAUGGAUAAAUUAAAGGAAAGGGCUCAAAGAUUUGGUUUGAAUGUCUCCUCAGUCUCCAAGAAGAGUGAGGAAGAUGAGAAGCUAAAAAAGAGGAAGGAGCGAUUUGGGAUUAUCACAAGUUCAGCUGGGACUGGAACCACAGAGGACACAGAGGCAAAGAAGAGGAAAAGAGCAGAGCGAUUUGGUAUUGCCUGAGGAAAGGUUUUUUUAUGCCUUCUGCUGUUGAUGAUCCCCAUCUCUGAUUCUUCUUGGUCAUUUAUGUACCCACAUGUACACAAGACAGGCACCUUGCUGGGCCUUGUCCUCUGACGAGGGCACAUGUAUCCCAGAUACAUACACAAACCCUCAGCAGCGGCAGUUUUAGCUUUUUUGCCGUUACAACUUCAAGGUGUUUUUUUUUCCUCUUCUGUUUGUUUUUGUUUUGUUUUUUAAAUUCUGGUUGUUAAUUAAAAAAAAUUUAGAAAACAGAUGAAUGUGUCUGAUUGGAUGAUUAGCAUCUGGAGAUGAUCUGAUGGAGAACUUUUUAAUGUCAAUUAGACCAAGAAGGAGUUGACAUCCUUGAGGGAUGGCAUUAAUACCACCACCUCCUUGAAAUGAUGUAGAGAGUACCCUGACUAUUCUCAGUAGUCACUCUCCUAGGUACUGUAUACAGAGGCUUAGAUAGUUUUUGAAUGCUUGACCUAAAAGUAUGGGUGGCUAGUAAGAGGAGUGAACAAUUUGAAGUAUUGGA